AUGCCCCGAUGGGGAAGACCACCUGGGGCACGAAUGGGGAGACCAAACCGGGGAGGGCGCGCUCCGUGGGACGAGUCCAGGCGCGUCGAGGAGAUUGAGAGUGAGGAAGAGGAACAGCAGGAGGAGAGUGCAUAUGGGCGGCAGCUGGUGCGCAAGGCUCGCGUCGGAUAUGAACGGCAGUUGCAGUAUGACAGGCGCGGGCGAUACGACUAUGAGGACCCAUUCGACGAGACUGAAUCGAUAGAGGGAGGGGAAUAUGAUUUGUACGACCAUGAAGACAGCACGGUGGCCUACGCGGUGCAGUUGGCGAUGCGGGACAAGGAAGAUCAUUUGGUGGAUCAAGCGUUGGAGCGUAUCCGUCGGGCACAAUUGUUAGGCAGGAAGAACGUUCGGCUUUCCCAGCGUGAAUUGGAUGCUCUAGAGCGAAGACGACAACAAACGGACGAGGGCAGGUCGAGCGGCGCACGACGCUCCAGGCAGAAUGGUGCGGGGACGGCCUCGCGGCCAGUCUCUCGCCGCAAAGACGCUGCGGUCCCGGAGCAACAACUGCCUCCAUACCCUUCAUUCGACCCCGAACCUCAGUGGAAUCCCACGAUACACGGUCGGUCCGGCAACUCGUCCGCUGCGCGUCCGCGAACCCCAACCACACAAUCCUUACGGCCCCAACAGUCUGCGUCCCCUAUCCGGCCAAGGUCUUCUUCCCAUUAUAUGAAUCUCGAUCCGAGCGGUCAUCCCCAGCCAUUACAACAGCCACCGUAUCCACGACCGCUACCAGACGACCCCCAGUGGGCCCCGUCAUCAUACUACAACCCCAUGCAGAUGGUUCACUAUGGUUCUGGCCAGUUCCCGAUUGAUCGAUCGAUGCCGCCUGACACGGGCGUAAGCUCUCAAUACCGUGGAGAUUAUUCCGCCGGUAUGCCGAUGCCUUAUGGCCCAUCUCGGCCGUCAAUGAUGGAGCAUCGUCAGUCCCUGGACCCGUCCUCGACGCGAGCGCCUCGUCCAGGUCGAGCGGAGUCUCCCGCACGAAGCGCCAGCGACGAGGAGAGAACGCGGGUGGAAAUCAGUGACGAUGAUGAGGAUGAGGAUGAUGAUGUGCAGAUUGUGAAGGUGGUCGAGCGAACCACUCCUACGGGCUUCCAGCGCAAACGGGUGCCCGGCACGCAACGAAGCAGUCGAGCUAGUCGGACGCGGAAAAAUCGUUAA